UCGGUCGCUCGCGAGGCCGAGGCCCCAGUGUGUUUUUACUCGGGGUUGAGUAAACUCCGGCCUGUUGUGUAUCAUAAUACGCGUGCACGCGGGUUUACGGGUUAGCCUGGCAUCGACCACCGGAUCGCAGCCUCGACUCGCGCCACGCCGCCUGAUCUUCGGCCGCGUCGUGACCAACUUCCUAACCGGACACGGAGAGAGGAGUCGUCAACAAAACACCGAGCGAACGAACGACGGCGGUUCCGCCGAGCCGACGGUAGAUCGCCGAUCAUCGAUCGGGGAUAUACGAGUGAGUGACCGACGGAGACCGACCCCCCGGUGAAAGUUCCGAAACGCGCUUCUUGUGAAACAGAAAAAGAAAAGAAAAAAAAGAAAAAGUGCGAUCGGACCCGAUCACAGUGAGUGAACUAAAAUUCUUCGAAACCAGUUGGUGAUGUCAACUGUCGCGACCCCGGAGGAUUGAUCGAGGUGUUCCGCAUUGUGUCUCCGGCUGGGGCCCGCUGAGAAUCUUCCUCGACGGAGCGUGUCCCUGGUUUGUUUCAGUCGGUGUCGGCGUGCCAGCGAAGAUGCACACCCUGUUCGGAGAGCAAAAUGCUUACUAUCGCCACGCGCCCGCCGUUCCCGUUGGUAUGGGCACCCCGUCGUACCCGGGCGUGGGCGCUACCCCAGGCUACUACGAGCCGUACCGUUACACCGGGUACGCCACCGCGUCCGGCUAUCCAGUCUCGGGUAUCGCCCAACAGCACAUCCACCACCCGGGUAAGGACAUGGUUAAACCGCCGUACUCGUACAUCGCCCUGAUCGCGAUGGCGAUACAGAACGCCCCCGAUAAAAAGAUCACGCUGAACGGUAUCUAUCAGUUCAUCAUGGAGCGGUUCCCGUAUUAUCGCGAGAACAAACAGGGCUGGCAGAACUCGAUCAGGCACAAUCUCAGCCUGAACGAGUGUUUCGUGAAGGUGCCCCGCGACGACAAGAAGCCAGGAAAAGGAAGCUACUGGUCGCUGGACCCGGACAGCUACAACAUGUUCGAUAACGGCUCUUAUCUGCGUCGUCGUAGACGUUUCAAGAAGAAGGACGCGCUGAAGGAGAAGGAGGAGGCGCUGAAGAGACAGGGCUUGGUGCCGGAGAAGCGCAGCCAGGAGGAGGCCAAGCCCAACGGCAUAGCGAUCGCGCCGCCGUCGGACUCCGUGACCAAGAAGCUCGGUGUUCUAGAGACGACGCUGUGCAAGCCGAAGAGAGAGCCGGUGAACGACACCGGGAGCCACUGCAUGGCGGUGCAGGCCAAGUACGGUUUGCACAGUCCGAUUCAGGACGCGAAAACCACGGCUGCCACGACGACGGCGGCCGUCGCGAUAUCCGGCCAGAGCGUGAUACAGAGCGCUCUGGGUCAUCAGGUGCACCAGGUCCAUCAGAGCCAUCAGGACGCCAUCCAGGACGUGUCCAUGGGCCUGGACCCCACCAGCUUCAGCGUCGACGCUCUGAUGACCACGCGGGAGAACAACGCCGGCCUGAUGACCAGGGAGAAUCAGCACCACACGCACCACCCUCACGGCCUCCAGCACCCGCACCCUCACUCACACUCGAUCAUGACGAGCAGAGAGUCGAUGGGCACCGGGGUGGUGUCCAGGGACCACUUGGCCGCCGUUUGCACCACCACGACCACCACCACCGCCGCCGUCGCCGCGAUGAUGGCCACCACCGGCUACGGGCACGGCAGCACCGUGUCAAGGAGCAACGGAUCGCCGCCCGGAAGCAUGUACGCGCCUUACUGCACGCCUACCGCCGGUUACAUAAUGGAUCACGCGGAAUACAACUCGAGGAACCACAACAACACCGCCGCCGCGCAUUCACAGUGGUACCAGGAGGCGGCCAGCCCCGACGCCGCCGCCAUUUAUCAGGACACCCAAUCGCCGAGCUGUCAGCUUUAUAGAUCCAGCCCACCCACGCCGCAUUCGUCGAGUGCAGCACCGUCCCCGCCCCUGUACCACCGAUACUACCAAGACUGCAACACCGUCAACACCAGCGGCAAUUUACCGAUCACGUUGCACAAAUACUGAGAAUACCGGAAUUCAAGGCCUCAUCAUCGAGGCCUUGAAGAGCACCACAGCGACCACUACGACCCGAGUCUGGUAUUCGUGAAGCAGGAAUGGCCAACUUCCACGGAGGAGCUGUCCAAAGAAUGGAACUAGAUAAGUCCCUAGAAAUCCGACGGAGAACAUUCAUCGCGCGUGUUCGAGCUGACGCGCGACACGCAUAAAUUGUAGAUAGUUCGUUCACGGAACGAGAGCCGUGAGCGUGUAUUUAAAAAACGUUUGUAGGCGCAGCAGUGGAUGUUAAACAAAUAGGAAAAAUUUCAUAGCGAUCCCGAUAGCAGACCUGGGCGGGUGUCGUUCGCAUAAUCGCGUGAACGUUGAUCGUCCGUUGCAAGCAUAAAAUGCAAUGCUGCUUGACACUCGUAACACGGUCUUAUUUGCCUGCUGUUUUUUUUGUUAUCGGAAGAACAUACAGGGUAACAUCGUUCGAUUGUGUACACUUUGUUUUCUCGAUUAUAUUUUUUUUCUCGAUUAUAAUCGCGAUUUUCUUCUUAAUCGAUCGUAUAAGAGAAAAUAUAAUUGUCUGAUCGGGGGUAGAUUUCGGUGCGUUCGAAAUUGUGAAAGAACUUUUGUUUAUCGAAAUUUGAGACGACUAGUGAAGAAGUUGUGCUUAUAAUCUCGAUUUUCCUCUUAAUCGAUCGCAUAAGAGAAAAUAAUUGUCUGAUCGGGGGUAGAUUUCGGUAUGAUCGAAAUCGUGAAAGAACUUUUGUUUAUCGAAAUUUGAGACGACUAGUGAAGAAGUUGUGCUUAUAAUCUCGAUUUUCCUCUUAAUCGAUCGCAUAAGAGAAAAUAAUUGUCUGAUCGGGGGUAGAUUUCGGUAUGAUCGAAAUCGUGAAAGAACUUUUGUUUAUCGAAAUUUGAGACGACUAGUGAAGAAGUUGUGCUUAUAAUCUCGAUUUUCCUCUUAAUCGAUCGCAUAAGAGAAAAUAAUUGUCUGAUCGGGGGUAGAUUUCGGUAUGAUCGAAAUCGUGAAAGAACUUUUGUUUAUCGAAAUUUGAGACGACUAGUGAAGAAGUUGUGCUUAUAAUCUCGAUUUUCCUCUUAAUCGAUCGCAUAAGAGAAAAUAAUUGUCUGAUCGGGGGUAGAUUUCGGUAUGAUCGAAAUCGUGAAAGAACUUUUGUUUAUCGAAAUUUGAGACGACUAGUGAAGAAGUUGUGCUUAUAAUCUCGAUUUUCCUCUUAAUCGAUCGCAUAAGAGAAAAUAAUUGUCUGAUCGGGGGUAGAUUUCGGUAUGAUCGAAAUCGUGAAAGAACUUUUGUUUAUCGAAAUUUGAGACGACUAGUGAAGAAGUUGUGCUUAUAAUCUCGAUUUUCCUCUUAAUCGAUCGCAUAAGAGAAAAUAAUUGUCUGAUCGGGGGUAGAUUUCGGUAUGAUCGAAAUCGUGAAAGAACUUUUGUUUAUCGAAAUUUGAGACGACUAGUGAAGAAGUUGUGCUUAUAAUCUCGAUUUUCCUCUUAAUCGAUCGCAUAAGAGAAAAUAAUUGUCUGAUCGGGGGUAGAUUUCGGUAUGAUCGAAAUCGUGAAAGAACUUUUGUUUAUCGAAAUUUGAGACGACUAGUGAAGAAGUUGUGCUUAUAAUCUCGAUUUUCCUCUUAAUCGAUCGCAUAAGAGAAAAUAAUUGUCUGAUCGGGGGUAGAUUUCGGUAUGAUCGAAAUCGUGAAAGAACUUUUGUUUAUCGAAAUUUGAGACGACUAGUGAAGAAGUUGUGCUUAUAAUCUCGAUUUUCCUCUUAAUCGAUCGCAUAAGAGAAAAUAAUUGUCUGAUCGGGGGUAGAUUUCGGUAUGAUCGAAAUCGUGAAAGAACUUUUGUUUAUCGAAAUUUGAGACGACUAGUGAAGAAGUUGUGCUUAUAAUCUCGAUUUUCCUCUUAAUCGAUCGCAUAAGAGAAAAUAAUUGUCUGAUCGGGGGUAGAUUUCGGUAUGAUCGAAAUCGUGAAAGAACUUUUGUUUAUCGAAAUUUGAGACGACUAGUGAAGAAGUUGUGCUUAUAAUCUCGAUUUUCCUCUUAAUCGAUCGCAUAAGAGAAAAUAAUUGUCUGAUCGGGGGUAGAUUUCGGUAUGAUCGAAAUCGUGAAAGAACUUUUGUUUAUCGAAAUUUGAGACGACUAGUGAAGAAGUUGUGCUUAUAAUCUCGAUUUUCCUCUUAAUCGAUCGCAUAAGAGAAAAUAAUUGUCUGAUCGGGGGUAGAUUUCGGUAUGAUCGAAAUCGUGAAAGAACUUUUGUUUAUCGAAAUUUGAGACGACUAGUGAAGAAGUUGUGCUUAUAAUCUCGAUUUUCCUCUUAAUCGAUCGCAUAAGAGAAAAUAAUUGUCUGAUCGGGGGUAGAUUUCGGUGCGUUCGAAAUUGUGAAAGAACUUUUGUUUAUCGAAAUUUGAGACGACGAGUGAAGAAGAUGUUGUGCUACCGUCGUAGGAGAAGCGAACGAAGCGUAUCGUCUGAAAAAUACGAUCGUUCGAUAAGUUUGAGUGAGAUUAGAAAUUGCGGCGGGGUGGUUCUGAAUAUGGCGGAAAGGGACGAUUGAUUGUUUGGAACGGAUGCCCAGGGCUGCUACGUCGAGGGAAGUGUUUACCGUAAAGUAUUCAAGUAACUCAACGUAACUAUGCUAGCUGAUUUCUACUUUGAUUACCGGCGGCUGGAACGAACGAGCCCGACGAUGCCGCGAACUAGGUCGCGAAUAAGGGAAAGAAACGAGAGCCGCCCCCUCGCCCCCCUCGGUCCCAGGCACAAGCCCGUCGAAUCUGUCGACGCUUUGAGAAUCGUUAUCGCCGCCGAAACACGUGUUUUCAAAUAUGAAAAAAAAAGAAACGAGUACACGUGUUGUAUUUGUGCGCGGCCGAGGGAUCCGUGGAUUGACAAAUAACCACGAAUCGGUGGUGGCCGGAACAACAAAUCUUUUCCUCCGGUUUCGAAUCACGGAACAGACGCGCGGAGCAUGAUAAGCGAAACACGACUUGGUUAAAAAGCUACGAAUAAUUGAUCGUUCUGUCAUGUUUCGAGCGACUGCUUCGUACCCCUUUCGAAUUUCGACGAGUCUUUCGCACCCCUUGUCUGACGAGUCGUGCGCGCAGGAUCGUUAAUUAAAUCGUGCUUGGAACAAUUUUAGCAAAGAAAGAACGCGUAUAUUGCUGUCUUAGUCUUUCGAUAUAAUUUCUCAAAUUUACAUUUCCGAAGAGAUUCGGAUUUGAAUCGUAUUUCGAUCGUCGGUCGAGGUUACGUUACAAAUGUUAUUGAAAAACAUGGGUACGUUGCUGCCAAUUUUUCCUUUACGAAUCUGUUCUUGAAAAGACACGAAUUCAACCCUCUCGCGAUCGUUAAGUUACAUUUUUAAAGCGAGAGUGGCAGAGAGACGGGUGCGUUGCUAGCCAUUUUUAAAUUAGAUUUUUAAAUGAAACCGCGAUUGAAAUAGUGUCGAAAGAACCAUAAGUAUGCUUAUACAGGCCCUGAGAACACAGCUGGGUUAAUUAUCGGAGCAAAAUGAAGUUUUCUCCCAGCAAAUUGUAAUAGCGAGGAUUACGAUGAUUGCGAGAGGAACCGAGAGACAAGGGGGUUGGUUUUAGCGAUUUCCCCCGGAGGAUCUUCCCCAGCGAAUACGGAGAAUAUUUGAAACGAUGAUUUCAUCGUCCUGGCGGAGUCUAAUCGCUGUUAUCACGGCGACGGUUAUUCGUUAAUGAAUCCGAGCGAGACGAGCCGGGGGGAAUAAUAGCCGUGAAUAUCGAUGACGAUCAUCAUCAUCGCCUGAACAAACAAAGGAGGCAGCUCUUCCCUGACCUAUCGUUUCCUCGAGACACGAGACGCGCGAAAUCCGCCGCGAUCGACGGCUCGUCGCGCGAUCUACGCGCGCGAGAUUAAUCAUCGAAUAGAAAAAUAAUAUAUCGUUCGAAUCCUGUGUUUGGCUAUAUUCCGCGGUGCACUUUUGCUGUGCGCAGCAGCCUUCGUUCGAACGAGUUGCUCCGCGGCAAAAAGCGUUUACAACCGUUGGACAAUCAACGAUUCUAUUUUCGUUCGAUUUUGUUUUCUUUUUUUACGCCAUCGAAACUCGCGCUUCCUGCGACAAACCGUUUCCAAUCAUUUUUCUUCCUUUUUCGCGGCAGUUCUCUUUUUUUCUACCGGUUGCGUUAAACGAAAUCGAACUUCUGCCCGCUAAUCGCUGCUUUAAAAAUCUUUCGCUCGAUGAUCCGAACUUGUUCGUUUUCGAGCGAAUCGUUGUUUUGCUGUACGAGAGAAUUGUAAAUGAUAUAGAGUUACAAGGGAAUGCAAUAUACGGCUAGGGAAAUUUGUGGAGAAGUGUGAAACGAAGAACGAGCUCGUAACUGUCUCGUCUCGCGUGUUUAACGAACGGAAAUAUUGAAAACGGUCCCUUUCGGAUCGAGGAUCAAGAAGAUGGACGCGCAUCGCAUUGGCGGAAAUCGUGUAACGCGUUUUUCUGCCAGCAAGAACAACGGAGUCAUUGAAAGUUUCUCUUCUUAGGCAGUUUUCACGGGGGUGAAAUUAUGUGUAUGUGUCGGUGUAAAAACAAACGAGUGAUCAUGUUUCCCUCCCAAGGAUCACGAGUCUCGUCCUUGUGCAUUUAUUCGUGACGUCAUUCCUCGCGACGUUCGGCGAGAGCUGCGAUAAUAUACAUAUAUAUAUUUAUUUGAUAUACCGAUCAUGUGAAUAAUAGGAACGAUCGAAACGACGUCGUAUCGUAGAUAGAUCUCUGCGUGUAUAUUAUAAAAAAAAGAGUAUAAAUAUAUAUAUAUAUAUAAAUAUACAUAUAAAUAGUUA